AUGGCCUCUGUAGGGCCAGAAGCCUAUAGCCUUGGCCUCAAGAGGGGAAACCAGUUCCAGGUGGGCAUUGCACCAGGGCUGACGGUGCCGCCACUCACAGCAAAGCUUCACGAGAGUAAGGCCUGGUACCUUGCUAAGCAGCAGGUGAAGCCCAUUUGGCAGCUGGAACAGAAACAUGUGACCAAUUUUCAGGACCUCCAAUCGGUCCACUCAGGGAUUUCUUCCCAGCGUCCCCGCCUCUUGUACCCAGAGUCAUUAUGUAGUGAUACAGCGUUCCUGACUUCACCUCCACCUUUGCCCCACGCUCUCCCAAACUUCCUCGGAAGCACCCUGCUCUACCGACGUUCUUACUUCAGACACAAGCCUUAUCGGAGGCUUGAGUCCAUCUGUUUGCAGCCAACUUCUUUGGAGAAGAAACCUCUUUGUGCUCCACUCCCUGCCUAUCGCUCCGUUCUCAACAACACCAUGACAUCCUCAGCCAUAGACCCAUUCUUUAUGCCGAAUACUGCUGCUGACUGUUCCAAUCCAGUGUCAAAGGGGUUCCCCCUAAGCUCAGGGAAGCAAAACUCCAAUUCAUACAGGCCAGUGCUAAACAAUAACUCUUUCCUUCGGCCAACUAGUGCAAAAGUGCCUUUGCAGCAGCAGUACCACCAACCGCUGCCACCAGAAAAUAAGAAGCUAAAAGGCUUGUCAAGACCUAUUGGCUUCUCUUGGACCCACUCUGGUGGAAAUGGAGAUGGCGCUCCUGCGAACCUUGAAAGAAAGCUUGGGAAAAACAGUGGCAUAACUCUUGAGCAACCCAGUGCCAAAUCUCCUCGCUCGGCCAUUCACAAUGGCGUGGUUCUCAAAGUGGAACGGCCCUCCUGGCGACUCGAAGAUGGUGAGAACAGGUCUCAGAACCUGAAAGAGCAAGAUGUGCGGUUGACGGAAGCUAUGCGGAAGCUGACUGCAAAUGGGAUCCGGAAGGUUAGCACCUACAACGAAUUUGGUCACCGCAUUGACAGCUCUUGCCUUAUGAAUGCAAACUUCCACUCUAGUCUUUUCAAUCGAUGGAAGCCACACAUAGUAGCACAGAUCACCCCAAAGGACGUACCAGCUGCCACCUCCCCAAAUCUGGAGCCUGGUAGCCGCCACCAGAGCCUUAUGGUCACAGAAGCUGCCGAUGUCUGCACUAAACGCAUCGAUGUUCGUUUCUUAGCCUCAAAUCCUGAACCUUCCAACCACUACGCCUUGAGUCAGACUGUCAACCACACCUCUGUAAACGCUGGAGAACAAGUGGUAAAAACAGAGCUGUCCCCACGGACUACAGUCUCUGAGGUAGAGACCAAAAUUUCCUCUCUUCAGUUAGGCACAGAUACAAAAUGGGGGAACCCUGUUACUGUGAAAGAGACCGAGUAAGUACUCUGGCAAAUAUGUCUGUUGGGGUGGGUUAGUGUUUCCCUUUCAGUACUCUUUGUGGCAAUAAUUGCCAACCUGUAGCCCUCCAAGCGUUGCUGGAUUACACUUCCCAUAAUCCCUGAAUCAUUGGCCAUGAUGUCUGUCGGGCUGGGCGAUAUCAGCUUUUCAACAGUGCGGUAUAUCAUCAGCCAAACAUCGCGGUCUGGUGCUAUACCACAUUGUUGAAAAAACAAGCUGCAUUGGCCUCGGCCAGUGAGGCACCAGGUGAAACUGCUGCAUCUCUCACUGUGGGAACUGAGGCAGUUUCACCCUAGUGCCCAGCGGGCUAGGACAACACAGCUUGUUUGCAUGGCUCAUCUGGGGUGCGGGAAGGCUCCCAAUCCAACAGUGCCCGCCCCCACUUGUGUGGGAGCCAGCACUGGGCUGGGGGAUCCUUUAACUGCUCGGCUGAGCAGAGCAGCAACCACACAUGCCUCAGCCGAGCAGUUCAAAGAUGCAGAGGGAGGAAAAAGUUGUAUCGACGCCUUGCCAAUGAAGCUUGUUUCUCCCUCUACACAAUAUGAGGGCAGAGUGGGAUGGCGGUUUCACUCAGCGGUAUAUCACUGGUGAAACCACUGCUCCUCCUGAGUCCCUCUGCUGGCAGUGCCUACUGGAAGGAGUCAAGAGUCUUGACUUCCUCCAGCGAGCGUUACUAGCAGAGGGACUUGGGAGCGAUGGCAGUUUCACCAGCGAUAUUCCGCUGAGUGAAGCCGACUUUGUGGUCUGCUCCUCAUACUGGCUCUGGGCGAUAUAUUGAUAUGUCGCCCAGGCCUAGCUGGCUGGGGCUGAUGGGUGUGGGAGUCCAACAGCAUCUGGAGGUUAAUCACCCUUUUCUUAUGAUAAGGACUGUGUUUGAUAUAGUAAAAUACGCUAAAGAACUUAGUAGCAAAGUGUUCCUGUGAUGUAAGCAUAUUUAAGCUUGGUCAUCAAUCGGUGUUUGAUACGCCUUGGAUGGUUUUGCAGCCUUCACUGUCUCCAAAACGUUUCUCAGAUCAGAUGACCAUUCUGCUUUACCACUGGUAGCCCAUUGUUUUGACAAGUGUGCCACAAGUCAAGUCCAAAAUUUGCCACUUGAACUGUUCCUCCCUUUCUCUCCAUACCACUUCUAUCACUAACAUGGGUUAAUGUUUAUACUAGUUAUUUGGGAUAUCUUGCCUUGUCUGUGAUCUCUUGGUCUGUUGUUGGGUGUAGAGAUCUUUUUGCUUUGCUAACUGAGAGGAGUUACAGAGCUUCACUUUAGGGCUGUAACCCUUUGUGUUGUAGAGCUGCAGUCAACCUCCCCCUGCUGGACCAAGCGGAGGUGGAAGAUGUAGAGGAAGAGCUCCCGGACGGCUUGGAAGAUGCCUGCAGUCAGGAUGAGGAGGGAGAAGAGGAGGAUGGGGAAGGUCAGCAGUCACAUUUAUUUCCUCUCUUCAAAGUACAAACAAGCCUACUCACCACACAUAAAACAGAGAAGGGUUUUCAUACACUGAUUAUUCUGUUAAUACAAAUAUACUAAUUACUGUCAUUUCAAAACACAGCAUGAAUCUAGUAAAAAGCUAAAACGAUUCCUGCUAUAGUUGUCCAUGCUUACUAUUAGGGCAUGGAUAUAUUGCAAAUCACUCUAUAAUAUCAAGAGAGAAAGAACUGUAUUUCAACAAAUAAAAUUGCUAGCUUGAAUACUAUAAUUUGCCUUGUGGGCACCUUCAGCCUAUGCACUUUCUACACUUGUAAAACUUGUUUUGAGUGAUAUUUAGUUAACUGCUAUUGUAGGCAGAGCAGCAGUGUGAUCUCCAUUUACAUUUUACUGGUGUAUUCUAUUAAGCAUUCAGUUAAUUAUUUUCUGGUUACCCAGAGACAAACUUUUUAAAUCUACUGUCUUGAAACAGUUCAGAGUGAGAUAAUUUUACCAUUGAAUGUACAAGGCCUGACAAUAUUUCUAGAUCAUAAACAGCAGUAAUAGCAUUCAGUACUGAGGCACUAAUUCACUGCUGCUGGAAGGGCUUCUGUAUCCUAUGCAACCCAGCCAGAAGGGUGGGGUAUAAAUAAAAUAAUAAGUUGUUGUUACAACUACUACUACUACUCAGUCUGAGUAGGGAGAGCCCAACCUCCCGAUAUGUGUGAUGCUUACAACUGUGCCCCAGUUUAGCUGUUCCACCAACAAAUCUGUCAUGGUGGUGGCAUAUCUUGAAUUCUGCAGGCAUGAUACAGCUUUUGUCAAAUCCCAUUGCCCCUCAGCUAGCAGAUCUUAACUACAGGACUUCAUCUUCAAUAUUCCUGCUAGGAAUGUUCUGAUCAAACCCAGUAAAUACUUGUGUGUGGAUUUAUUAUAAUUGUUGCUGUCUUGCUAUGGUUUGGGACAAUGCAACUCACCCUGAGUAUUGACCCAUUCUGUCCCCCACCCCUAAUCUUCUUGCAUGAGAGUUUGGAAGAAAGCUGCACUUAGGGUGAUGACUGUAGUUCUUGCUAACAUUGUGAUGUAGCAGCCUGACAUUUUCAGCUGUGUUUUAGUUCAACCAUUUUAUUGCUUUAGUAUAUUGCACUGUGGUUCAACACUCUGAUGAUAUCCUUUUGUAAAUAGAAGGCAAACUUUAACUUACGGGGAGUGACAUAGGGAAUGAUAUUCUAUCCUCUUCUAACCUUACCAUGGGGUCCUUUAUUACGGUGUACAAAUAAGGAAAUUGAUGGCUGUGUGGAAGAGCAGGCAAAUAAUGGAUAUCCUCUCAUUGUCAAGAUCCGGAAUCUGAUUUGAGGUCAUUGUGCAGAAACUAUGGUGCCCUUUAAAUGUAGCUGCACGGGGGCACUUAUCAGUAAGCGGCUCCUUUGCUGCUGGGAAAAGUCUGAAAUUACGCAAACACCUCUCAUGAGUAGGGGCAAGAGAGGUGGUUUGUUAUUUAAACAUUCUUCCAGUCACGUAACAGUUGCUUGUGGAUUAAGUUCAGCUAUCUGGGAGAAUGUCUAAAAGAGGUUGAAUUUCUUCAGGAUGUUCAUGGAGUGUAGCCAAGAUUUUUCACUCAUUAAACUAUUUUUGCCUUUUUUCUUUAGGUGAAUCAGAUGGCUCCUCUUCAUCCGGAUUAUCCCCCAAUGGUUCUGUAGCUAUUAUAUCCAGGUUCGUUUUAGGAAUGUUCUGUCUGUAAUGCAUUGGAUCCUUUUGUUCUUGGAUAAUCCCAUGGGAUGGCCACCUGGAGACCCUGAUCUGUUUGCCUUGGUGAAAUCACUUGGCUUGCACUUGCUGGCUGUGCCCAUCUGCAAAGAGAAACAGAGAUGCUAAGCAGUCGGGCUGAAAGGCAGCUUAGUUUUCAUUCUGGGUUGGUGUUUCUCAGCCAAAGCAAACCUCACUUUCUCAGUCAAUGUGUUGGUCAAAAGCCUCAGGAAUUAAACUGAAUGGCAUAUGAUGGAAACGGAUGUCCCAGAGAAAGUGUUGUGCUGCUCACUUCUCCAACUGUGCCUGGUAUUCUUUUCCUAGGAAUUGCGUGGAGGGAUUGGUGCCUACACUAGAGGGCCAAGAACGAAUUCUCAAGCCAGCUCUUACAUGCAGCCUGUUCCCCAAUGUGCCUCCCACAAUAUAUUUUGGUACCAGGGAUGAGAGAGGUAAGGUGGAUCCAAAUUCAUUGCACGAAACAGGCAAUGCCAGAAAACCCUAGUGUACUAUAGUGGUGGAGUGGAUUCUAGGGUGGGGAGGUGACGGUGGGAUGCACGUGGUCAUGUCAUUUAAGUGUGUGGUGUAAUGACGCCUUUCCAAUGGAGUUACUAAGGUCUCCAGGUGAUGUGAAGAGAAAACCUUAAAUCUAGAUUUAUAUCUGUGGAGCUGUAGGAUUUCGAGAUCACCAGCAAAGAGGUUCAGAACUGAAAUGGCUGAAACAGCAGCUGAGAUGCUGGAAGGUACAGUAAUAUUUGAUGGGCAUUCACUUUGACCCUCAAUCUUAAUCCCACCAUAGGUGGAGCAUGUAUCUUUCCUGCCCUGCCCUAUGAUGGGGUGAGUGGACAUCCAGAUUCCCUUGUAGCAGAGAUGGUCCCAUUUGUCGUAUUUUGCUCUGGCCUGGGUGCUUCCAUAGUGGAGAGCAGGCAUUAUCACAGCACCACAACAACCGUUGGUCUUUGAAGAAUUAAAGCUGGUCUUAACCUGUUGGGAUGUGCACAUAGACCGACUCAGCAUGCUUCUUGCUAUAUAUAGCAUAAUUUCUCAAACUUCUUGAGCUUAGUUUCGCUAUCUGCCUUUUAAACUUCUGCCUUCCCCCUCCCCAGUUCAGAACUAGCCACCUGUCCCAUUCAUAGCAUGGAGAUCAAGGCAGCAGCUCUUCCCAGAUCAGACUGGCAUGAUACGGCAAGUAGGGGAACAGCUGCACCCCUGUCCCCAAAAUAAAUUAGGAUCCUCUGUUAGAGGGCAUUCAACCUAUCCAUUUAUUCACUGAUGAGAGGAGGGAAGUCCCACCUGCCUCAAAAUCCUGUUCCUCCCAGAAACUUUUCACAUUGCUUUAGGUGUGUUGUGCUUCUCAGAUUGAGAACCACUGUUCUAUGGACAAGUGACAGAGCUUUUGCCAAGGGUUUUCUUUCACUUGGUGAUCUGAUUCUGUUGAAAUUCAUUGAAUAAAAAUCUUACCCUUCUAGCACUUCAUGACAAAUUGAUGUCCUAGUUCUAGCUGAGAAACCUGUGGAAAAUAUUUCUGUCACCUAUAACCAGCGGCCCCUGGCAGAAUUAACAACAUGCCACCAAGACCAGGCGCCCACUUCCAAAUAUACUCAAACUGAACUGAGUGAUGGCCAUCUUCAGGCCCAUUUCCAAGAUAUAAAUAUAGACCUUUCCAACAUAAAAAUUACUUGACAAUAACAAAUGGGUUAUUGCUGACCCUUGUGGAAAAUUUUAUUCCCCAACCAAAAGAGACAACAGCAACCGAUGCACCCCAAGUGCAUAAACCAGAUGAACUUGUGCAUAACCCAGAUGAACUAGUGAAGAUGAGACAAGCAGUAACAACCAAGAAAUUGCAAAAAAUAGAUCAAAAGUCCGGGAAAAGAAAACUAAGAACAUUAAAACAACAAGGAAAAUAAAGAUAAGCCGACAUAAACAAUGGCAGAAAUUAUUUAAUCUACUCCCAUUGGACUCAAAUAAAUCUGCUGCACGAGAUAAAAAAGAGAAUGGCAGGAAGGGGAAAAGAAGCCAUCGCCAAAGCUAAUGGCUAAGGUGGCAUCUCUGAACCAGAAUUCAGAACUAAGUGGGAGGACGGAAGCAACGUCCCAGAGUUCUGGUAACAGUUCACUCAGCGAACCAGAUUCUGGGGGAGAAGUGGUCCCUAACAAUGAAGGCAGCAAACCGCUUAGCAAAUCGGGAAAUGGGGACGAUGCAAUGCCCAAUCGCGAUGAUAACACUAUACAAGAUGGGCAAACCUUUAUUCAGGCAAGAUGUUGGAACCUGAUUUUAAAUCCCUCAAUAUUAGUGUUCACAAACUUCCCAAAAUCAAAGGGCUUCCUUACAGGGAAAGAACGAAGAAUGAGCUCCUUGAACGUUCUGAAUGAUAUAUUGCCAGGAGCAGUAAAGCCAUAUGACAUUAUUUCUGUAGAUUAUUUGCAUCAUGAUGGUUGUUCAAUGAGAGCAAUGAUCACAUUUAGAGACCAGAACCUGGCCAAGUUUAUCUACAGAUCAAGAUAUAUAUUCUUAAAGGCCCAGAUAAAAAUUCUCAGAUUUUUGAAAACAAGGCACCACCGAAUCCCCUUCUGGAAGCCAAGCACGCAAACCCUAGUAAGGAGAAACAACCUCCCAAAACCCGGCCUGGUCUCCAGAAACGAGAGCUUCAAAAAUUAAAAAGGAAAGAUGCCCACCUGCAAGACCUGCAACUUCAAGAGAAUGAAGAUGAGGAUCUUUUUUCCGCGGAAGAAAAUACCUUAAUUAGGCAAUUUCGCCAUUUUCCAUCUCCAAUACAAGCUGAAAUAUUAGAAAGAUUGGAUAUGCUAAGAAUUAAGCUGGCUGGGAGAGAUACAAACAAGGAAAUCAAUAUGGACGCCCUUAAAAGGACCAGACUUCCUAUAAUUUGAACCCUACACAAGAACCAAACCCAGCGGCCUGUCGGCCAUGUUACCUUCAGACAAUGGCUGAGAUUAAUUUACUCCCAAUUAAGGAAGCCCAGCACACUGAAGAGAACACUACACCACCUCCAAUAAAGAGAACCAUCCCGAAGGUGAAUUCACCAGGCUCUUGGGACAAGCUGAGGUAUCUAGAUGAGGCGGAAUUAGGCCACAAUCAGGUUCCGGAAAAACACCUACGGAAAGAGAUAACACACUUCAAAGGCCCGGUGACCACUAAUGUCAGUAUUCAACAGUUAACAGCCGAAACUAUAGAACAUUUGGCUAGUUUGCCAUGUAUGGAGAGCAAUGGGCCGGCUCAUAAAAAGUAAUCCCUAAAAGCACCUUGGGAAAUAAUUGACAAAGAUUAGACCAGAGACAAACACCAGCCGGCUCCCUAUCUCCGCGGAAAUCCGAUAUCAUUAGAUACGAACAGACUCAACCCUCACUCACAAAUCAAGCAAAAGCAGUUGUUUCCUUGAAAGACGCACCCAACCUACCCCAGAGCCUUAAAAUUGUCUCCUGGAAUGUUAACGGCUGGGCGACAAAGCAAAUGGAUCCUGAAGCAAUGAAUCUCAUCUCUUCUUUCGACAUUGUAUGCCUCCAAGAGACCUGGUCCCAACAAAGUAUUGUUCUCCCAAAUUAUUGCUCCUUUAGCUCCUGUGCUCGUAAACUAACCAACAGGGGUCGCCCCCAAGUUGGCCUCGCCUGUCUUAUUUCAACCAGCUUACCCCUCACUAUUUGCGAGGAAAUUAAAUCUUCCCCUUACUUUCUCACCAUAAAGAUUCAUCUCCCAAAGACCAAAAGCCCAUGGUUGAUAACUACAGUAUAUCUGCCCCCAGCAAUUAAUGAUUUCGACCGCAAUGAAAGGUGGUCUGAACUUUCGUCUUGGCUCCAUGAUCUCCAAACAACUAACCCAGGACUCCCUCAAAUCCUCUUAGGCGACUUUAAUGCAAGAAUAGGUCCCAACGACGAUGAUAUAAUAUCUCCCGCAGCACUCCUGGACAAUCCCCUGCAGCCCCCCUGGGGAAACAGAUGCUCUCUUGAUCCUAUAACAAAUGCGUCGGGAGGCUGAUGGCCCAACUGGCCAUGGAAAACGAUCUCUGCAUCGCAAAUGGUAACAUUACUCCCUUGUCCUCGCAGCAAUUAACGUGCAUCACUUCCCGGGAACCAGUGUUGUCGACUACAUUUUAUUGACGCCGGAGCUAUUCUCAAUUUCUACAAAAAUGGAAGUGGCUGAAUAUUUUGGUGGUGACCACCUUCCAUUGACUCUAAUGUUAAACCUAAUAGAGCCACUCCCAGUCUCCUCAAACUAUAGAACCAUGGUACAAAGCCACCCUGUAUACAAAACAAAGAAAUGGACAAGCCUCAGCUCCUCUCUUGCCCUGGACAUACAAAAAUCAUUUGAUAUGUCUGCAGUUCCCUCUGAUCCAAUCCUGCCCGCUGACCAAUACCGGAAAUUACUUGAUGCUUUCUCAACAACUUACAUAACCACCACCUCGCCUACUUACCAACGCCUCUUCUCUGAAUCGCCCUGGUUUGACAAGGAAUGUAAAGCCCUAAGAAGGCGAAUUAGGAAAAUGGUCAGAAUCAUCAAAUCUUCCAACGACCCCCAAACCCGUGCAAAGCUCAUAGAUAUUAAAAGGACAUAUAGAAACAUGAUUCAUUGCAAGAAACAGCAGUACAUCUUUGAGGCUUGGUCCACUCUUCGUUCGGCUGUAGAGAGGCAUGACUCCCGCUCCUUCUGGCGCCUAGUUAGACCUUCGGCACCAUUCAAUCCAGCUACCCAGAUUUCCGCGGAUGAAUGGAUUGCUUAUUAUUCAACUAGUUUCGCUUCUCCAAACCAUCUUACAGAUCUCCUUCAAUCCCCAUUGGACCUCAGUUCCUGCUCUCUUAGUCCCACUUCUUCAAUAAACUUUACUUCAACUCGCAUUUUCAACAUCAUAAUGUCAAUGCAAAGGAAUAAGGCCCCGGCCCAGACAUGGUCCCGUUGGACCUUUUCCUGACUGAUCCUCUUUGGUGGAGCGAACACCUGACUCCUGUAUUCACCGCUAUCUCCUCCGCCCUAGACAUCCCCGACUCCUGGAGAGAAGCUAUAAUAGUUCCGAUCUUCAAAGGCGGCCAGCCAAACAUCCCUAGGAACUAUCGCCCCAUCAGCUUAUUAUCCAUCCCGGGAAAAUAUUUGCCGCUGUUUUACUGGAGGAACUUCUCUCAUGGGUCCAGGAGAGGAACAUUCUACCGCUAGAACAGAUUGGUUUCCGAAAGUCAGCGUCAACCAUGGACCAUUGUCUAACUCUCUUUCACCUUGCCAGUAAAUACACUGCUCCAAGGCAAGGCCACCUAUUUGCCGCUUUCAUGGACCUGGAGGCCGCCUUUGAUUCCAUUCCUAGGCAGAGAUUAUGGUCCAAACUUGCCCAUCUGGGAAUUGAUCCGCACCUUCUCUCCCUAAUUAUCUCCCUUUAUUCAAACACCACAGCUCGCGUCCGAACUAGUCCAAACGGCUCCCCACUACUCCAUUUCCAACGGCCAAGGGCGUCCGACAAGGUUGCCUCUUGGCCCCUUUACUGUUUAAUCUCUAUCUUCAUGAUGCAAUUUCCACUUUGAAGCUAGCAUCUAAGUAUCCUCCUCACUUAGCAGGCCACCCCGUUGCUUCCCUUUUCUAUGCUGAUGAUGCCGUCAUCUUAUCCAGAACAGCUGCGGAUCUAGCAAAUGCAGUUAAUGCAUUUAUCGCCUAUUGUAAGGCGGAAGCUCUUAAUAUUAAUUAUACAAAAUCGAAAGUCCUCCACUUCACUCGGUCCCGCAAACUCAAGUUGGAGCCGCUUAAGAUCACAGGUGGCUACUUAGAAAAGGUAAAAGCCUUUAAAUAUUUAGGAUUAAUAUUCACCUAUAAUCUCUCCUGGACCACCCAUCUACAAUCUGCCUUUCUCGCUGCAACCACGACCUCUAACGCCAUUGUCCGAUUUUACCACCAGAAGGGCGGCAAACACCUUCCAGCAGCAAUUCAAAUAUUUAAUGCCAAAGUCGUCCCUAAAUUAUUAUAUGGAUGUGAAGUAUGGACUACAGCAAUAUCAGGUAACCUGGAUCGUCCACUUCAUAUGUUUCUGAGAUCUCUUUCCGGCGUCCCGAGAUGUGUCUCAGGUGCAGCCCUACGACUCGAGUUCGCCCAGCCUUCAAUUGCUAGACGAGCAUGGAGCCGAGCCAUUUCCUACACCCUCCACCUAUUAGCAUCGGAUGCUCGAAUUAGAGGUGGCUUUUCCAAUCUGAUCCUAAGAGAUAUUCAUAAUUCCCCUUGGAAAACUACAAUUAACCUCAAAUUCCGCUCUCUUCUCAAUCUGAAUUGUAAAACUGUUCUUAACUUAGAGUGUAUCAGCCCGGUGGCCCUACCCCUAAUUAAAAAGAAACUACAGCAACUUGACUUCUCCAACACAGCUUCUUGUGCAAGAGGACCGUGUUCAGGCCUAGCCCUAGCUAUUCCACCCCCUGAAGGGAUCCCUCUAUACUGCUUCACAAUUUCUUCGGAGACUAAGCGAAGGGCUUUUACCUGUGCCCGUCUCAACUGUUUUCCUACAGCAGUUCUGUCGGGUCGUUAUUCCAGAGUUCCCAUCGCAAACAGAACAUGCUCCUGUAAUGACACGGCCCUGGAGACUAUGGAACAUGUAAUGCUCUUCUGUCCCAACUGGACAGAUGAAAGAUCUCGGUUUUUAACUCCCCUCGUGAAUAAGUUCCAUCUCCCAAUCCAGCCUUGGAUAGUGUCCCUCUUUUUGCAGGAUUCUGAUUGUUGGAUUACUGAGAUGACAGCUAAUUUCCUGCUUAGUGUGAUGAAGAGGAAAGCGGCACUAACUUCUUCCUUAACACCACAGAUGCAGUCGAUACGCCGCACAACCGAACGAAGUUCCAAGUAGCCUUAUUGUACAAGGACAAUCGAGUUAGGACUAAUCUGAGGAGCUGAAGGACCCUUUAACGGUCCUCCUCCAGCCUCAGCAGCUUUUGUUUUUUUUGUUUUUUUUUUCACUUUCUUUAAGUAUUCGCCCAGGACGAUGUCUACCUCUACCUCCCCACCCCCAUUUUAUGUUGUUAUUUCAAUGUAUAUCAUGCUAUGGCCACUCGGCUAAUGCAAUAAAUAAAAUUGAUUGACUUAAGGAUGUCCUCAGCCAAAGGAGAUGCUCCUGUGGUUGGGUUUUCCUUCUAACCUUAGGCUUUCUUUCUUUCCUAGUGGAGAAGCUCCCUUGGGAACAGAGGAAGAUGCUACGAUGGAAGAUGAGCACAGUGACUCCCAACAUUGUAAAGGCAACGAUCUCCAGGUCCCACUUCAAAAUCAGCAAGAGUGAGUUGUAUUGUGGGAAUGGUCUGUGGGUUCAUGUUGCCUCCUGCCUUAAAUACACCCAGACUCACAGCUUUAUCUUGGAAUAUUGCUAAUGUUUGGAAAUGAACUGUCCCACUUUCAGACACAGAUCUUCAGUAGCAGAGCAACAAACCUCCCAUAGAAUUGAUUACUCUAAUGCACCUCCCUUGCAUGGAGAACUCUGAAAGAUGCUGCAAAUGAUGAAGCUGCAGAUCUAAUUGUGGCUCUUUCGCUGCUUCCCUCUUAAGUCUUGGGCAAGCUUCAUGGCACUUCUGCCUGUGUGUUUGCCCUUGGGCAGCUCUUGUCAAGAUGGAUACUGACCACAAAGUGCUAAUGUUUACUGCAGAACAGCAAGAGCUGCAGCAUGGUCUGUACUUACAAACUGGGGAAGAAUGUUCAAGACAUGGAAUAAAACUCCAUGUCCUAGCAAUUCUUGUAGAGUUUGCUUAUACAUCUGAUGAUCUGUGUCUGGUAAUGCAGAGCUGUAGCUGCUCUUUCCAGUAGGCUGUUUGAUAAAUGCAGCAAUCCUUCACCCCCUACCCUUCCAAUAAGAGGAGACUUGGAUAGAUAGGGAUUGUGGAGGCUUUAAUUUGACAUCUCCUGCCUGCUCACCUGUAAUUGAAUAGGCUUUGAUGUCGCAGUAUACCCUGUGAUGCUGAUGCUACAAUCUUUUUAGAGUUGUGUACAGUUCUCAAUAGGGUUUAUUGUGGCUGCUCGUAUGAGGCCACUCUUGGUUCAUGUGGAAGGGGAAACAUGGAUAAGGCAGGAAAAUUAUUUCCAAUUCAUAUUUUCCAAACUGAAAUUCUUAUAUGCCUGAGACUGUUGCAGUUCUUGAGCAUAAACAGAAUAUAUAUAUAUAUAUAUAUAUAUAUAUAUAUAUAUAUAUAUAUCUCAAUGUGACGUUCAGAGAAUAGUCUGUGAACUGCCCUAUUGCCCACAGGAAACAAUGACUGGCUGGGCUGCUGGGGCCAUCACAUGAAAUCUCCGGGGUUCAGAGUUAUCAGAGAACACCAAAAGGUAUGAGAUAUGGUCAUGACUACAAAAGGACAUAUUAAAGAAUAUAAUACAGUGUGGGGAAAGGGCAUGAGAUGCAUUUCACUCUGGCCUUUUCUGCCAUUUUCUCCAUCUGAGCGCUGCAUGUAGCUGAUACUUUCCUGUUUUCUGCUGCAAUGUUCUCUUUCCCUUAGUCCCUUCAUGUUCUCUUGGUGGCUGUGCCUCUGAAGGAGGCAGCCUAGGUUUGCAAGACACUAUAUGGUAGAAACUUCAAUGCUGGCAUGCUUCCUUCAUGGGAACUACCUGUUGGGAGUACCAGCCCAGGGGCUUUUGGGGUGGGGGGGUUGUAUGGACAAUCUAGGUUCUUGCAGCUAUCCCUGAAUUUGGAGAAGGUACCCCCUUGUUGAACCUUUAUCUUACAUUUUUACCAGCUAGAAUACAGCAGGAAACCUCAUUACUCCUUUCUUGUCUCUUACUUUCCCUCCUGCAGUUGAAUCAUUUUCCUGGUUCAUUCCAAAUUGGUCGGAAGGACCGUCUGUGGAGAAAUGUGUCCAAAAUGCAGUUGCGCUUUGGGAAGAAGGAGUUCAACUUUCUGCCCCAGUCCUUCAUCCUUCCUCAGGAUAUCAAGCUGCUCAGAAAGGCUUGGGAAGAUUGCGGGAGCCGACAGAAAUGGAUUGUGAAGCCGGUGAGGGAGGGCACAGAUAAGGUUUGACCUGUAUAGAGAUAGGGGUGUGUCCUUUGUGUGCCUUCUGCCAUGGCAUAGCCAUGCUUUCCCUUGCCUUGCCAGUUUCAGGUUUUCUUGGAUGAAUCUGAUUUUUCUUGAUGCAUUUCAUUAGGCUUUAGCACUUGUGUUGGGACGGACUGCCUUUGGGAUGAGCUCUGUUCUGUUUUUGUAUUGUGUGGUUUUUAUUCUGCUUCAGAUUUUAGGUAUUCCAUUUCAUGGUUUUAAUCUCUGUAAACCACUCAGAGAACUUAAGUAAUUAGAUGGUACUGAAGUGCAGUUAACAAUAAUUAAUGGUAAUGUUAACUACACCCCCAACACACACCUUCCACUAUAGCAACAAUGCAUAUUCUCUUCUUAUAGAUGGACAGUUUCUACUUGUGUAUUCUGGUUCCCUCUUGACUAUAUCAUAGCUUUAGCCCAAUAGUCUCUUUGGCUGUCGGUCUCCCUCUUGCUGCAAGUAGGACCUGUACCAGUUUGAAAACCCACCUGUCAUCAUCUUCUUCAUUCAUUUCCUUGAUAUUGGGAAAGACAGGCGUAGUCCUCCCUGGUGUAUUGUUUUAAAAUAUUCUGGGUUUUUAUUCUUUGCAACCUCGUAAAGGUUGCGAAUAAAAGUGCAUCACAUUUGCAUUUCCCCAUGUCAUUGAAUCUGAGGUGUUUGUGCAUUGAAUGUUUUAGGUGAAAAGAGGCACCCUUAAACAUGUAAACGAGGAGAGAAGACUGGGAGACAGGCAGGGGGUGCCUCCUUCUGUUCCUAGGAGCCUCAAACAUUUCCUAAAGAGAGAGAAAGGCGCCCCCCCCUUUUCAUGAGGACUAAAGUAUUUUCAGAACCCUAGAUAUUCUCAGACUCGACAGGUGCCACAGUCUGUACUGUACUGCAUGACUACAGCCAGACGCGUUUUUGAAACCUCUAGGGAGUUAGCUUAUCAGUCAGUGACAGCAAGGAACUCAAAGCUGCUAUACACCAACUUGUGAAUGUACAAAGCCUUUAUUGACUUAAAAAGCCUUUGCUGACAUGCUCAGUCUUUGAAAAAGCUGUCACAGUAAUUGAUUUUAACAUACUGCUGAACUUAAAAUUACAUUGAGAUUUUUGUGAGGCUGCUUCUUUGGAGGCUUGUCUUAAGAUUGAUAGUAUUAAAACAAAUUCCUUUCAUGUACCCCACCUUCCCAGACUAUAAUCGGAUGUUCCAGCUUUGAAUUGUAGGAUAGCAGCAAAUGGAUGCAAUGUGAACAUCGCUCUCUGUCUUUCACUCACUUUAGCCAGCAUCAGCUAGAGGCAUCGGCAUUCAGGUCAUCCAUAAGUGGAGCCAGCUGCCCAAGCGCAGGCCACUGCUGGUGCAAAGGUAAGCAAGUCCCCCUGCCCUGCUGGUCUUUCCCCACCCUGCUAACAAAAGAUUGGCUAUCUUAAGGUAUCAAAGAACCAACUUGUUUCUGAUUAUGUUUUCUGCCAUUGUAAAACUUUACAUUGUUCUGUGGGGUUUGUUUCUUUUGCUUCUGCUUCCAGCUAAAGAGUAGAGUAAUUGUGGAAUUGCUACGAUUUUGACAUGGGUUCAGAAAUAUGGCUAAAGGAGACCUUUUGCUGUGGCAAGGAGUAGCAUUUGUUGAGAAAGUUGGCAUUUCAUCAGCAGUCUCUCAAACCCCUUAGGGACAGAAACCAUCUCCAUCAAGCCUCUUCACUGGUGACAAUAUCCUGAACUUCUUGAGACUAAAUCUCUGGGCUACUCUGUGAUGUGGUUCCUGUAUCCUCACCUAUCUUUCUGUUGCAGGUACUUACAUAAACCCUACCUCAUUGGUGGAAGCAAGUUUGACUUGAGGAUUUAUGUUUACGUCACAUGCUAUGAUCCACUUCGGGUUUACUUGUUCAAAGAUGGACUUGUUCGUUUUGCCAGCUGCAAGUAGGUUUCCUAUGAAUUGGUAACCUCAGAAAGAGGGUUGGGUUGACUGCUUGUCAGUAGACCAGCUGAGAUUCAGGAAUAGCAGAUAUAAUAUGUUUUCUGAAAACAGUAGACUAACUAUUGGUUGCAGGUGUCAUUUGUAUUACAGCCUGUGCACAUCCUUUUGGUUUAAGCAGUGACUAUUGAGAACCAAUUAUUUGCUUGCACUGUGUAGCUGAGUCUGUGUGCUUUUAAAAUAGCAAAUUAUUAAAUGAUUUAUUUUAUUUUAUUCAUUUCAUAAAACUUAUACACUGCUUGAUUGUUAAAAAAAACCUCAAAGUGGUUUACAAAAAGAUAAAACAAGAAAAUCAAUUUAAAAAUUACAGCUGCACUUUAAAACAUACAAAAGUUGAAAUAAUAAGACAGAUUAUAAUUACUUCAAAUUCCUAAGCAUCUGGAUGUUUAGUUAACUGACAAAGUUGGUGAAUAACUCAAGUCAGAGCAACUCUUGAUGAUUAACAGUUUGAAUUGUUAAACCAGUCAUAUCUCUGUGGAGCACACACAUUCAUUCUCAUUGUCUCUCACACACACUAGGCUGGAGCUUAGAGGAGAUACUUAAAGAUUGGUGUGUGUGCCUCUGUCUUUUAGCUCCCACACUGCUAGCAUUCCUCCCUCUUCUUGCCAUUUCAUUUUGAUGAGUGAUGUCUCCUUACUUAGUGUAAACUUUUGUUCUUCCUUCACCUCAGAUAUUCCCCCUCUGUGAAGAGCCUCAACAACAAGUACAUGCACUUGACUAAUUACAGUAUCAACAAGAAGAAUAUUGAAUACAAGGCUAAUACAGAUGAAACUGCAUGUCAGGGUCACAAGUGGUGGGUACUGAUGAGCAGGAAAGAGAAUCUUUUUGUAUAUGUUAUGUUCUUGACUGGCUUAUGUUUUCUUACCUCUCUAUCCCUGAGUAGCCCAUAUGUGGCCCUACUGUUCCCAUAGGAAAGAGACUUUAUUUUCAUUUAUUAAACAAAAUGUAUAGACCACUUAAUCAAAAAAAGAAAGGUCUCAUAAGUGGUUUGUAUAAAAUUGCAUUAAAAACAUAGUCGGUACUGGGUUCAUGUUGCCUUUUUCCUUCAGAGAUGGGGGGAGAGGAGUUAAUAACACUAUCUGGGGCAACCCUAAUGCACUUGUAUGCUCUGUUCUGUCUCCACAGGGCACUGAAGGCACUUUGGAGUUAUUUGGCCCAGAAAGGAGUUGACAGUGAAGCCAUCUGGGAGAAGAUAAAAGACAUUGUUGUCAAAACCAUCAUUGCGUAAGUCUCAGGAUCUAGUUGUGUUCCCCCCAGCCCUUUGCUUUCAGGAGGACCUCUUUUUGAUGGGUCAUCUUAUCCAUUAGCUAGAGAUGUGUACCGAUGUUUGCAGAUGUUUUGAGCAAGUGUGCAUCUCUGCUGAUUUGUACUUCUGGAAUCAGAUUCUCCUACUGUGUUGUUUCUCGAGGGUUGUUGAUUGUUCCUUGGCCCCAAAAGUAUCUUGUUUGGAUCUUAAUAGCCUGAAGCAAGGAAGGGUCAUGUGCUGUCUUCAUCAGGCUCUCAUCUGAGCCAUGUGGGGAAGGUAUUGCUGAAGCCCUGUUUUUGUGGCAUGCUUGUACCAUAUGCCUGGCUAGAGUGACGCAUAAGAGGCAUAAGAUGAUGCAUAAGAUGCUAGUUUUGCUGCUCAGGAACAACCUAGCACAUGUUUCAUUUUCUAGAUCAGAGCCCUACAUAAUCAAUCUCGUGAAGAUGUAUGUGAGACGCCCUUACUGCUGCCAUGAGCUGUUCGGGUUUGAUAUCAUGCUGGAUGAGAACCUUAAGCCAUGGAUUCUGGAAGUCAAUAUUUCCCCCAGGUAAGUUGUGCAUGGUGCACCUUUCAGCUUGCACUCUGACUUGGUACAUUUCACUACAAUUUCAAGAACACCCUUUACCUCCAGUUUGUCCCACACAUGUAUGCUAGGCCUAUAUGCACAGAUGCAUGCGUCUGUUUUGCCAAUGCCUUACUUCAUGUGCUGAUGGCUUCCAUCUCUUAAUGUGAGGGAGGCAACAUUACAUUGAACUGUAUCACACAGUGUGUCUCUGAUUAGUAGGUAUGUCUGUGUAUUGUGUAUGCAUGUGGGUAUGAGGGGGGAGGGGAUACUAAAAGAGAGAGAUUGUCUUGCCUUGGAGUUCCUCCUUUCUCUCUUUUGGAAAUCAAACUUAACAGCUAUCUGAAAUGCCAGAGCUAGGGCCAAAGACAUGAAGAUGGGCUUGUCCAAUCAAGGUUUUGUUCUCUCUGCAGCCUUCAUUCAAACUCUCCUCUGGAUGUGAGCAUCAAGGGUCAAAUGGUCAGAGAUGCCCUUAAUUUGGCUGGUUUUCUGUUGCCAAGCACAGAUGAUGUGGCUUCACCCUCUGGAAGUGCCAGCAGCUCUACAACUAGGUUAGAGAUCAAACUCAGAAAGAGACGUUUUACUGGGCAUCUCAUCUUUUGCACUGUUCUUGUUCAGUAGGGGAGUGAGGAGGCCUGAGUUGGAAAGACUGAGAUGAAAAGUUGUUGUGGUAAUAGUAUGUGUGGCUAUAGCACAGAAGCAUAGCUGUAGCCUGUAUAUAGGACUAUGCAUUUUAUUCAGUCACACUAUUGGUACAGAAACUGAAUUAAACAUCCAAAGAAUCUCUGCUUUUGUUAUUUUUAAAGCACGUUUCUAGUCCAUGUAAUUGCAAGAUGGGCUUGAAAAUACCCAGGCAAUACCUCAUGCAACCUUGGAAGCUGAGCAGCGGUGGUGAUCUCAGACAUAUUGCCAGGAAUACUGGGCUUCGGUAUCUGGAAUUGUGUGUUGCUCCCCAACUCAGCUCAGCCACAAUAGCUGUCAGGGAUGGCAGCAAACACCUGGAUGGCACCAGGUUGGGGAAAGCAUGAAGCAGGCUGGUGAGGGAUGGGGCCUGGGGAAGGGAGCAUGGCCUGGGAAGAGUCUUGGGGCCCAGAUGGGGGGGCUGGAGGGUUGCACACUGCCCCCAUGCCUAAGGUUCCCCAUCCUUGAUCUAUGUCUCCAUGGAUCAUUUGAGGCUUUUUUCCUUUCUUUUGGCUUAACAGAGUAUUGCUUAUGAUUCUGGCUAUAGGUGGCUGAAUUGAGGGCACUGACUAACUCUCUCUGAACUAACUUUAAUUAUUGCUGUGCCCAGCUUGAAUAGUGUCGCAAAGGAGAAGAGUAAGUCAUCCCUGGAGCUGUUCACUUCUGAGAAAACGAAAAGAGCUUUUUAUCUGACCUCAAAAGUGCCUGAUCAGGUAGGCGAGAACACGCCUUCCCCAAAUACUCUGCCCUCAUUCUGAGAUCUCAUGCAUGUUUGGGCUGGAGUUCUCCGCUCUUCUUUGAAUCAUUUCAUUAACUGUUUAAUUAAAUGAAACCAUAAGUAGUGUGCAUAAAACAAUAUAAAAUCAUCAAACAAGUAUACAUAACUAAAUUAUGUUUCUCGCUAGGCUUGCUGAAAUAAAAAAAAGUUUUUAGCAGGGGUGUAAGGGUGCCUACCUAAUAUUACUAGACAAGGAGUUACAAAGCAUAGAGGUAGCUACACUGAAAUAUUGACUCGUGCUAGCAGAUGAUCAUUACAAUCGCUUGGCUUGGGGAGUGCUUAAGAGUUCAACCAAGCUCUUUUUCUGACAGAAAAUGUGUCCCAACAGGUAAGAUGCAUCAACACACAAGGAGGAGGUGCUUGUUUAUUCACUGAAGGACUGGUAUCUGAAGGAGGUUGUAUUUGACAUAUAGGAUAUGAUUUGGCUAAGUGUGGAAGUUAUAAAGAGCUGUAUUUCAACUGUAUUCAGAGCAAGGCUAGUGUCAAACCUUAAGCCCAUCAAACACACAGCAUAGCUUAAGAAAAUGUUACAAACUGCAGUGGUACCUGGGGUUACAUACGCUUCAGGUUACACACUCCGCUAACCCAGAAAUAGUGCUUCAGGUUAAGAACUUUGCUUCAGGAUAAGAACAGAAAUCGUGCUCCGGCAGCCCGGCCCCAUUAGCUAAAGUGGUGCUUCAGGUUAAGAACAGUUUCAGGUUAAGAACAGAUCUCCGGAACGAAUUAAGUACUUAACCCGAGGUACCACUGUAUAGUUAAGACCCAAUAGGCCAUAGCCACUGGUUGCCAUUGUUAUAAUGGGUGUGCCUUGAAGCAGUAAGAUUUCCCAUUUCUUACUUACACACAUGCUUUUUGGUUUAGUUUGUUCAAGGGGUACAAGAAGCAUUUGGGAACCAUAACCAAGAACCCUGCCUUUUCUUCUUCACCCCCCCCCCCAACAAAUUCCUAUUUGAAUAUCUCUCUUCUGUCUUUCCACUGCUGUCACAGUGGGAGGGGAAUAUGUGUUGCGUGGCCACCAUCCUAGAGUGGCAAUCAUAGUGGUUUUAGAGAACUGAAAGUGGCAUGCAUGUAGACUUGUGCAGUUACCUCCUGGAAAACCAAGGUGUUUCCCUGUCCCUCUUGGCUGCAGGAGUUCUAUUCCACCAUCCUAGAUGUUCUAACACCAGAUGAUGUACGUGUCCUAGUAGAGACAGAGGAUGAAUUCGCUCGACGUGGACAGUUUGAGCGAGUUUUCCCCUCGCGCUUCUCCAUGCACUACCUACGUUUCUUUGAGCAGCCGCGAUACUACAACAUCCUUACUUCCCAGUGGGAGCUGAAAUAUUUCGUGAAUAAGGUCAAAGGUAAAAAAGUUCCCAUCACCGCCUUCUUGCAAGCUCCCUUCUAGGAUAAGCAGUUAGUUGUUUGAUCCAGCCCUUUAUAAGUAGACUGCAUACCUUGCUUUCUAACCCAGAGCUGUCUGUGCUCUUUCACAUAGCAUUAUUAUCUGUCAUCCUUACAGGCUGCUAGUGUGGUUUGAGUGUUGCUUCUUGUUGGGUCAUUUCUGUCAUCUUCCCCACUUCCCCACACCUUGCAGCCACAUCUUUGGCGUUAGGGCAGAAGUCUUUCUUUAUUCUUGCCCACCCCUUUGUCCUUUCAUUGGUUUCUGUUGGCUAUCUUUAAGCCCACACCCUCACCCAGAGCCUUCCUGUUCAUCAGUGUUACCUGCUUCUCUUGAGUGUAUCCAGAUAAUUCCAUAGAAAAGACCAGGAAGUUCAGCAUCUUCAAAUGAGCAUCAUACCAUUGCAGCUUGAUUUUUAAACGUGUGUGUGUGUGUGUGUGUGUGUGUGUGUGUGUUUGGGUUGCUCAGUAUCAAGGCCCUGCAUUACUUGUACCCACUGCCUUCUUACAUCCAGGGCAGUUGCUUAGUAAUAGCCCUCAAAAUUUCACAUGUGAACUAGCUUUCGUUCUGUGGUGUUCCUUUCUGCAGGGGUGGAUCUGCUCAGAAACUGGUGUCACAAAGGCUUUCAUAAUGGAGUGGUGACAGAAUCCACAGUGAUGGUAAGGGUGGGCCCUCUUUGCCUUUCCUCAUACCUUAGAUAUGUUCUGCUUUUUCAUGAGGGUGCCCAUCAGAACUACUUGUUACUAAUCAAGUGGCUCUAUAUUGGUGGUUGUCUUACUGCCUGAAGCACCUUCUCUUUGCUUCACUAAGUUUGAGGUAUGCUGGGAGCUAAGAAAGGAACAUUCACUAGCUGUCUAACUCUGCACUCUCUCAACUUCAGUGGUCAAUUCCAAGAUCCCACCUCUAUAUGAAGAAUGAACUCCCUGUGAAUGGCUUGAGCAAGAUGGAAUUAGGCAGAACCAGGUGAGAUUGCAAGAACCAGCCGCUGUUAUAUCUCAAUACAUUUCCAGUUGGGGUUUGUCCAUGAUUUUUCAUCCGUUCCCUUAUAGUACAAUUCUUUGCAAGUCUGCUCUGAAGUAAUCCCCACUGCAUUCAAUGGGAUUUAUUCCCAGGUGGUUGUGUGUAGGAUUGUAGCCAUGGUUAAUAUAUUUUAAUGCAUGUUAACCUUCUCAUGAAUACAUGGAGAAAAAGGAAACUCUUCUUUGUUACUUAUAUGCCACCUUUAUAUUCCUUACUUCCCUCCCCUGAUAUAUUACCCUUUUGACAAGCAUGAUCUUAACCGUUUAUGUGCUACUUUCUGCCCCUGUUAGGAUGUGCCAGAGGAUUAAAUUAGAAGCAUCUGCUUCUGGGUUUAAACUAACUGUGGUUAAUCAUUAUAUCCAGUAAGGGCAAACUAUAGUUAGUUUCAACUGGGCUUUUUCAGUGUGGUGCCCACUGAGGCACUCUGCAGUGGCUGUGAGACUUUUCUGCCAUUCUGACUUGCAACUCCUUAUUUUAAAAAAAUCAUGGAGGCUGGAUACAGUGCCAAUCUUAAUUUUCCUUGAGUAGCCCUGAGCCCAUGUAUGGUCAGGCAGCUUCGAUCAUGUAGCUACAAGCUAGGAUUUCGUGUUAAGUUCAAACCAGGCCGUUGUCUUAGCCUUUCUUAUUUUUACUUCGGUAUAUAUCUGACAUAAAUAAUUAUUUGUAGCAUUUUUAUACUAACCUGUAACACUAAGUAUUCUGGGCAGUGUACUUUAAAAAAACAUGUAAAAACAACAUGAACACAAAAUCACAAACAAAACUAAAUAAAAUAAAAUAAAACCAGCAACAGAGGAACCAGUAGUACCAAAUGUCUAAAAAAAACUUUUGACCAUGUUUUUAAGUAGGAAAGCCUAGCUGAAUAAAAGGCCUUGACCUAUGGCUACUGAAAAGUCGGCACCUGCCUCACCUCACCUCACUUGGCAGGGGUGGACUUUUAAAGAUGAUUUUCAGGUUGGGCUGUAUAUAUGGGAGGAGAUAGUCCUUCAGAUAACCUAAAGGUAAAGGUAAAGGGACCCCUGACCAUUGGGUCCAGUCGUGACAGACUCUGGGGUUGCAGUGCUCAUCUCGCUUUAUUGGCCCAGGGAGCCACCAUUUGUUCGCAGACAGCUUCCGGGGCAUGUGGCCAGCAUGACUAAGCCACUUCUGGUGAACCAGAGCAGCGCACGGAAAUGCCGUUUACCUUCCCGCCGGAGCGGUACCUAUUUAUCUACUUGCACUUUGAUGUGCUUUCGAACUGCUAGGUUGGCAGGAGCAGGAACCGAGCAACGGGAGCUCACCCCGUCGCAGGGAUUCGAACCGCCAACCUUCUGAUUGGCAAGUCCUAGGCUCUGUGGUUUAACCCACAGCGCCACCCGUGUCCUUCAGAUAACCUAGCCCCAGGUUAUUUAGGGCAGGAAUGGAGAACCUGCAACCUUCCAGAAGUUGUUGGCCUUCGUCUCAUUCUAGCCAGCAUGGCCCAUGGUCAGGGAUGAUUGGCGUUCUAGUCCCAGAACAUCUGGAGGGUCACAGAUUCUCCAUCUCUGUUUUAGGGCUUGAAAAGUUAGUACUUGCACUUUGAAUUGUCCCCUGGAAUAGAUUAGAAGCCAGUGUAGAUAACAAAGCACAGGCAUGAUUUAAUUUUUCAGCCACUUCCUGUUAACAAUCUUGCUGCCCUAUUUUGGAGCAGCUGAAGUUUCUAGACUGUUUUCAAGGCAGCCCGAGGUACAGCACAUUGUGGUAAUCAGGCCUAGGCAGUGGUGAGCCAUAAGCCCUAAAUCCUUCUUUCCCAUCAAAUACAGGGAUGACACAGUAGUAAUAGAAAGACUGCCGUUUCCUUCAGACGGGUGAAAAUGAUAUGCUAUGGAAGUGGUUCUCUCUGUGUGUGCUCUAUUCUGUGCUGCAAGACAGAUCUGCCUCUCUCUCAGGUUCUGUCUUCUUCCCAACAGCAAAAUCCUUGUCCAGCGAGAUGGGGAGGAGCCAAUCCGAAGCUCUGAGCCAAACCCUUGCACUCAAAGCUUACCUCAGAUUAAAUACACAGCUGGAAGUCUCAAGAAACCCACAAUCCCUCGGACCCUCAGCAACUCAAGCCUAGUGAAGUGA